AUACAUAUAUUGAGUGGAUUUGAAGUAAAAUAUUCGCGUCUAGUCGAUCCAGAGGACUUUGACUACGAAGACGACGAGGACGCUUCAGAAAUACGGGCGUGUGUUUAUACCGUCGACACCCGGGAGGGUGCGCGCGUGUUAAUGUGAAAAAUAAAAACCGGUGGCAUUUUAAAAAAACUUAUUUUAAAUUCGAUAUUCAAAAGUUUAUUCAAAUUUUAAAUAAUAAAAGUGAUGUGCGCAAUUCAUGUAUAGAUUGAAUAUACAUAUAUAUAUAAAUAUAAAUAUAUGAGAAUUUCGAUCUAUAAUAUAUAGAAAAAAUUUUGAAAAAAAAAUUGUGAAAAUAAAAAUAAUAAAAAUAAGUUUGGUGUAGGAGGUAAGGGCGCGUGUGAAAAAAAUGUCGGAACAUCACCGCGUCGCCGCGGCAGCGGCUGCUGCGGCUGCUGCUGGUGGCUGGGGUACAUCGAGCCCUGGGAAUCGUGAUGACAAUGGUGGUACUGGUAAUGCUGGUGGUGGUGCUAAUAAUUGGUGGUCUGGUAUAAAUGCUGAACAACAGCAACAACUGCAACAACAAGCUGCCGCUGCUGCUGCUGUUGUACAACAGCAACAAACAUUACAUCAACAUUUAAUGAACCAACAAGCAGCAGCUGCUGCUGCUGCACAACAAUUAAACCAACAUCAUCAAGACAUCGUACGCAGUACUGCUGCAGCAACCCAACAAUUAUUUUCAUAUAAAAUGGCAUCAAGUUUUCAAAAUCCAGCAAAUUCUGGUGGACAAUCAAAUACUACUGUAUCGACGACAUCAUCAAAUAGUGGUGGUGCCGGUGGUAAUAGUGGUAAUCAAAAUCAAAAUAAUUCUAGUGGUGGUGCUAAUUGUAUGAGAGGAGGUGGCUACGAUUAUCGUAUGCCCCAGCAGUCCGGUGGUGCUGGCAGUAAUACAUCUGCUGGUUCAAAUCAACCUAAUAAUAGUAAUAAUCAACAAGCAAAUACUGGUGGUAAUACUGCUAAUUCAAAUACACAAACAAAUAAUCCACCAGCUGGUACUGUGCAAUGGUGGUAUACCACCAGUGGUGCUGUUAUGGACGCUAAUAAUGUUCAUCAACAAAUGCAAGGACAACAUUUAUCGGCAAAUCAAAUUCCCGCGCAUCAGAUCCAACAGCUGCCAGGUCAAAAUAAUUUACAACAAAAUAACGCCCAAGUAAAUAAAAUGCCGCGUGGUAAAACGGAUUCAAAGCCGAGAGGGCGAAUGACAGCGUAUGCAUUUUUUGUUCAAACAUGCCGUCAGGAGCACAAGAAAAAACAUCCUGAAGAGACCAUUAUUUUUCAAGAAUUUUCGAAAAAAUGCGCUGAUAGGUGGAGGAUAAUGUCUGACAAAGAAAAAAAACGUUUCCAAGAAAUGGCUGAAAAAGACAAAAAAAGAUACGACGCUGAAAUGCAAAAUUACACACCACCCAAAGGUGAAAAUAUUAAAGGAAGAGGAAAGAAACGCAAGCACCUUAAAGAUCCCAAUGCGCCCAAAAGAUCAUUAUCGGCAUUCUUUUGGUUCUGUCAUGAUGAACGUGGUAAUGUAAAAAUGCGUAAUCCAGAGUACGGUGUCGGUGAAAUUUCCAAGGAAUUGGGUAAAAAAUGGUCUGACGCAGAUCCAGAAACCAAAUCUAAGUACGAGGCUAUGGCUGAGAAAGACAAAGCUCGAUAUGAAAGGGAAUCGACUGCAUACAAGAAGAAAAUGGCAAACGGACCGGGAGAAAUUUUAUGAUCGGAAUUUCGAUUAAUAAGUCACUGAGAAGUAGAGAAAAAAUGAAAGAAUGAAAAUGCGCUAUUCUCAUCGGGGAUAAUUAUAAUAUUAAUAAUUAAACUAUAAAUAAUAAUAAUAAUAGUAAUAAUAAUACUUUGAGACAUUAAAUAAUUAAUAAUUACGAACGAAAAAAGGAUUGAAAAAAACAAAAAAAAAAAAAAACUUACAAUUUUAAUCAUACAUUAAAUAAUUAUUAACUAAUAAAUAAUUAAUAACACGUAGGAUUGAAAAUAAAGAAAAAAAAAACAAUUAUUUAAUAAGAAAGGAAGAAAAGAAGAAAAAAUAAUUUAUGAAAAAUCUUCAGGAAAAUUGAUAAUUUUUUUAUUUUUGUUACAAAAGAAUAGAUAUUUACGUCAUAAGGCCGUGAAGUGGCAGUUUUCUGACGGCGACGAUAUUUCGUUAUGAGCUUAAGGUUUGUUUCGGGAAAGUUCGAAACGGGCGUAAUUUUAAUGUCCGAGGCGUAGCCGAGAACGGAAAUUUACGCUCGUUUUCGAACAUUCGCGUCACUAACAUCAAAGCGAAUAUAAAAAAAAAGUCGCUGUCAAAAUCGCCACUAAACGGCCGAAUGACGUACAAUAUUUUUUGUUAUUAUCGCUCCAUAAGUUCAACUUUUGAGGGAUAGGAGGCAAAUAAUGACUUUAUUUAUUAUUAUUAUUAUUAUUUUUUUUUUUUUUUCCAUUCAAUCACUUGUAGGUGAAUAUGAGUGUAAAUGUAGCAGACUUUAGACAAAUUUUAAAUUAUUAAUAGAGUAAAUAAUUAAUAAAUAUAAUUUUAACAAAUGCGCAUGAAAAAAAUUCAAAUGUUAAUACGUGCAUUUAUUAUAAAUAUUAUUUUUUAAAUUAUUUACUCUAUUUAUUUAUAAUUUUCACUUUGAUGUCUGCUACAUUCACACUCAUAGGUGAAUAUAGAUAUUUCUUAAACAAAUAGUUGACUAAUUUGUAUUACUUGCUUUAAAAAUAUACGCUGAUAAUUUACUUGUAUCGUGUAUUUAUAGUUAAUAAAAUGGCGUGGUUAUUAUUUUAUUAACAUUAGGUCCGCUUCGUAAUAAACUGCCAACAGAGAAAUAAUUAGCGCCAUUCAAUAGUAAUUAAGUUUAAACUUAACUCAAAUUCAUUGGUCGGUACCCUAGAAUGAGACUUUUUUUUUUUUUUUUUUACGAUCUCUCAAUUUCGUCUGGGUGUUCACGAAAAGUUAGUAAAAAGAAGGAGGGGGUAAAACUUCACGGCCUAGGCCGUAAAAAAAAGACGGUAUAGUAGAGUCUACAAAAGAGUCUCUUUACGGACGCCACCCAGUGCUCAAAAGUUGAACCUUUGGAGCGAGUAUAACAAAAAAAAAUUUUUUUUUUCACAUAUUUUCUUUUGUAUUGAUUUUUUCUUCAUUUUUUUCCACGUAACUUUUUUUAUAAAUAUGUUAUAUAUUUAUACAUAUAUAAAUAUAUAUAUAUAUAUGUGCUGUGUGAAAAAAAUUUUUGUGUAACGAAAUUUGUAUGAAAAAAAUUUUUUUUCAUUUAUUGCAUACAUAGUAUAUAUAUAAAUGUAUAUUUAUAUAUAUAUCAAUAUAUAUAUUUUUACCAUAAAAUUUUUUAAAAACAAAUUACAUUAAGUUUAGUAUUUGAAUAAUAAAUAAAUUUAAUUAAAAAAAAAUUAAUUAAUUAAGAAUUAUAAUUAUAAUUAGUUAUUAAACUUAGUAAUAAUAAUUAGCUGAUAAUAAUAAUUAUUAAAAUACAUGAUUAAUUAAAAUAUUGAUAAUUAUAAUAAAGAGCGUGUGUGUAACAAAAACAAAAAGUAAAAAAAAAUAUAUAUUAAAAAAAAAAAAGAAAAAAAAACUGACAAUUAAAGAAACAAUUAUUUGAUGUAGUCGUUGCGUUAAUUAAGUAAUUUUCGAACUAUUAAA